AUGCAUUUGGAUUUGUGCAUUUAUGUUCCUGCAGCUAACCUUAUAGCGAUUGUGAUCCUGUCCAGAAGAAGGUGUGGUUUAUCCAGCUGUAUCACUCGGUACCUGCUGUCCAUGGCAGUGACAGAUCUGCUUAUGGUCGUCAUUGCAGUGAUUUUGCAUCGGAUUCGUAGCAUUUAUUUCCCAGUUAGCUUUCUAACAACCACUCCAGGCUGCAGUGCCAGCGCUGCUCUCAAUUAUGCAGCCAGAGACAGCUCUGUUUGGUUAACAGUCGCUUUUACCUUCGAUCGAUGUGUGGCCAUUUGCUGCCAGAAGCUGAAAGUUAAAUAUUGCACGGAGAAAACAGCAGCUGUGGUGAUAGCAACAGUUUGUUCUCUGAGCUUCAUGAAGCACAUCCCCACUUACUUCAUAUAUGAACCAGUCUAUGUAAUAGACAACGUGCCGUGGUUUUGCAGCAUCAAGUUGUCAUUUUAUACAUCACCUGGCUGGGCAGCAUUUGAUUGGAUGGAUUGUAUUCUAACCCCUUGUGUCCCUUUUAUUCUGAUCCUUUUGCUCAAUACGCUGACUAUCAGACACGUUCUAGUGGCUAAUAAAGCACGCAAGAGACUCCAACCCAACUGCAAUGGAGCGAAUCAGAGGGACCCAGAGAUGGAGAACCGGAAGAAAUCCAUGAUCUUACUAUUGUCUAUAUCAGGCAGCUUUGUUGCUUUAUGGAUGGCCUACGUCAUAAACAUGUUUUAUGUGCGAUUUACAAAGGGCAGUUAUUUUGAAGCUUCCAAUAUUACUGACCCACGCUUCAUUCUGCAGGAAAGUGGAUACAUGUUGCAACUUUUUAGUUGUUGCACCAACACGUGCAUUUACGCAGCAACACAAAGUAAAUUCAGGAAAGAAUUAAAUAAUGCAGUGAAAUACCCCUUUAAACUCAUUUGCAAAAUCUGGAAAUAA